AUGAGUGCUCCUCCACCAGGCGUGAGCCCGGUCUCGCGACAACCUUCGACCACUCCCAACAACGGUCAAGGUGCAAUCCGUCGCAAGAAGCCCACCGGACCGUUCGCGCCUAAGCCCAGUCGCGCCCAAGCAAAGCGCCCACCUGCUCCGCCGCCGCAAAAGCUCACUGGUACCACCAAGCCUCUUGCUGCAACGAAUGCCGCCGCUCAGCUGCAAUCUGAGCCAGAAGAUGACCCCUCGACAUACCACGAGAUCCCAAUCAGGGCCACAAAGAAGUCCAUCCUUGAAGGCAUGCGCUUUCACGCCAUGAAGUUCAUCUCAAACAACACCAUUAAUCCGUACGACGGUACCAGCUUUGUGCGUCCUGUCAAGCUUCACCGCCGCUUCCCUAAAGACACACCCAACACACCUGUCACAGACGACCCGGAACUUGCAAAAGAACGUGAGAAGGAAGCUAUACGCAAGGCCGACAGAGCGGCAGAAAGAGAGGCGACACAAGCUCAGAUCGCUCCGACCGACAAGGCAGCGGCAGCAAAGAAGCGCCAGCCCUUCAAGAAGAAGACCGAAGAUGUCUACUAUCCAACAGACACCCCGGAAGCACAAAAACGUGCCAGGCUACGCUACGAAGAGGGUCGCCCAUGGCAUUUUGAAGAUUUCGAAAACAAGAACAUCUGGGUCGGUACCUACGAAGAGCCUUUGUCCGAGUCAAAUGUCAUGUUUCUAUUCCAAGAUGACGGCAGCUUCAAAAUGGUCCCCAUUGAAAAGUGGUAUCGUUUUAACCAAACUGGUCGCUUCAAGCUCAUCCCUUUACAAGAGGCCGAAGACAUCAUGAACAAAAGAACAAGCAACCCAAGAUGGUUCUUGGACAACGACAAGAGUCGGGAGCAAAAGCGUGCCGAACUUGCGAGACAAGAGCGCUUGACCAAAGGAAGAGUUGGUAUGCGAGGCGAGAAUCGCGUCAAGAAUGAGGACGACGGGGAGAAUGAAAACGAAGAUGUCGCAGAUGACGUGGAUGAGCUGGACUUUGAAGCCGAAGAUGAAUUUCAAGACGAUGACGAGGGCAAGCUGUUCGGUGAAGACGAGGACGAGGCCAAAGAAGCCGCGUCGAAGCUCAAGAAGGAUCGCCAUAACGCAAACAUCUUUGCUGGCACUGGCGUAAAGGACGAAAAGGACUGGGAGAAGGAGGAGAUGGAGGAGGAAAGAAGGGAGAAAGAAGAGAAAAUAAAGGCAAGGAAGCUGCGAAGGAAGUUGGUCAAGAUUGAGAAAAACUACGAAUACGACGACGACGAGAGUGAGAACGAAUUCUCCGAACCGGAGGGCCUGGAUGAAUCGGACGUUGAGCGUGAACGCGCAGAGAACGAGCACAAGAAAGACGAAGAGCUCAAGGCAAACGGAGACAAGGCCGCGUCCCAGAUGUCGACCAACGCCAAUACUCCGUCAGGUCGCGUUGAGAAGCACUCUGGUGGUAUUCAGGCCAAGGGCUCCAUGUCCAACCUCAAGCGACCCGGGUCACCCAAUCUGUCCGAGACUAGCGGCAGCGAGUCAAUCAACCAUAAGCGUAUGAAGAAGCAGCACCGUCGUGAUAUGUCCGGGGCCACAUCACCUAUGGGACGCCUGGCUGGAUCAGGCAGCGACACCGAGACGGAGAGGCGUGCUCGUCCUAUGACCUUGAAUCCUAGAUCAAACCCUGGAUCACCUGGAAAUGCAACACCUAUCGGCUCUCGCGCUGGUAGUCCCGUACCCAUGCCUACUAUCGAGGAGAUCAAGGCUUCGAUUCCUGCAGAGGGUAUAAGCAUCCCAGAGCUGAUCAAGAAGUUCAGAGAACAGGUGCCCAAGACCAAGGAGGGUAACAAGGCCUUUAUUGGUCUGGUCUUGAGCGUGGCCAGAGCCCUGCCUGGUAAUCUUGUUGGUCUUAGAUAG